AUGUCUGCACAACAGAUGAUUGCAAACAAUAAACCUGAUCCAUCGAUUAAUUCUUCACUUCCCCGCAGAAGAGAUGUUCCAUUAUUUACAUUGCCAACUCAAGAUGAUAUAAAUGCCGAUGGUUCUCUUUGGCUUAAUGAAAUGAAUGAUCUGGUUUCUUACUAUUCAUUUAUCGUCACUUCUUCGUGUGAUUCAUUUUGGAACGAAGUUAAAUUCCAAGAUGAUUUAGCGCUUUCCGUUAGUUCUUUUCUGGAACGCUGCCCCAGGUCAAUUCAAAAUUCAUCCCUUCCAAGAAUAUACAUUGAUACGAUCCAAAGAUUAUAUUCCUUAGUUAUCCUAAUUCUCAAAAGAGCUUCAAAUCCUUCUGAAUCUAGUACCCUUUCGAUGCGCAGUUUUGAACAUGAUGAACUAAUGUAUAGAAGUAAACUUUUUGAGAUUUCUUCCAUGAUUGAUCUUGCGGCUUUGUAUUGUAAUAAGCAACCCGAUAUCUUAAGGAGCAUUUUUGCUUCUGUAUUCAAGGAAAAUAGUAAAUUUGUUAACGAUGCUGCGUCUACUGUGGCGUGUGCCAUUGAGGCUUUGAAGGUUGUUGAAAUGAACGUUGCGUCUUGGCAAUUUGAUGAAAAGCAUCAAUUUGUCACUGCAAAUAGGGAUUCCGUGGAUGCUGUAUCGGAAACAAUCGAAUAUGUAGUUGAUGCAAUUUGCAGCCUGGGGACAUUUCUAUCCUUUUUAGCUCCUCUAAAUUCAUCAGUGUCUGAUCUCUGUAUUCGCAAGGGCAUUGUCUCAUCGCUUGCUGAUUUCUAUGACAGUACCAUUGUAAAUAUACGCGAUCACAUUCUUAGAAGCUUGACUUGGUCCACCGAGAAGAAGUCAGAACUAUUGAACCGAUUGGCAAUUGCUGGAGCUUCUCUAGUGAAGACUGUCCGAAUAGGUUUAAUCGAACCGGGUCUGGUGAAUCGCAUAAUGCAACUAGCAUUCGGUGGUAUCUCCAAUGCGGAGAAAUCGCAAACUCUUUCACGCAUCUUUGGUACCUUCAUAGAUGUUAUGGUGGAGAUGACCAACCACAAUGAAUUUGCACGGGUAUAUACGCACCUUUACCCUGUAGUUGACGAUAUCACUCUUGUACGGGAGGCCGCUAGCUCUGCCAGUGUAUCUCAAGGGGUCGCUGUGGCUGAACAGACCUUUUUUGCUUUCAGAGACCAGGAACAGUUGGAUUAUUUGCAAAGUGCCUUCUCCCGACUCUGCAAUGAGUCCAAUACUAAGCAAGCUAAAUCUACAAUAAAUGAGAAGGCCAAGGAGGAAACAAUGCAGCCGGGUCCUUCAACCUCUACAAGCAUCAAGGUUGAAGAAGAGCCACCUCAGCCCUGCUGCUCCCGUCCAUCUGAGUUUCGAACGGUCAAAUCUGUUUUCCCAGAUAUUGAGAAUGAUCUAAUUGAGAGAUGUCUUGAGCAUUAUAAGAACGAUACCGAGGCUGUCAUUUCGGCCCUUCUAGAUGGAUCCGUCCCUUUGAGUGUCACCAAUCCCGAACUCAUCAAACAAUCAAUUCCAUCUUUUAAACCGGGGCAGAUCUGGCUGGGUAAACAACAAAAGGCCGAUUCACUGGAACCCCUCUCGAAAGAAGACAAAGAACGGGUGACUAACUUGGCUAUCAGUGUCUGGGAUGAUGAGGACGCUAUUGGUGGCUAUAACUACGGUGAUAAUGACGAUGAUGGCAGGGAGCGGGCUCAAAUGAAAUGGGAAAAUGACCAUCAGUUGGCUACUGGCCGCGUGGCGGAUCCCACUUAUCUUGAUGAAUAUGACGACACUUUUGACGGCGAAAUUGGCGUUGAUAUUGAACGCGCAGAAGAAGAGGUUGAGGAGGCGGUGGAUAACAACCAGGUUUUCUCUCAGAAGCCAUCCAAAUAUCAACCGCUUCCACCGUCAGCUCCUCCAUCUUUCGCUCGAGGUAGUAUGCGUGGAGUUCAUAAAAAACAUCGGUAUCGUCAGGAAUAUAGUUCUGCUGGAGUGUCACAAGGGUACGUUCCGGAGCAGCAGCAAAGACAAAAUGUUUUACGGAUUGAGAACCCCGAGGAGUUGCGUCAACGUAAGCAACAUUUCGCGACACAGAAAGCCAUUAGGAGAGGAGUCGUAAAAAUUCCAACAAGGAUAGAUGUUCCAGCCCAACCGGUCAUUCCAGAAAUUCCGGGAAGUGAGCCCCAGGAACCACAACACUUGACUUCAAAACCCACUCAGCCACCCAAAAUAAAGGACAGAGGUGGAAGCAAUUUAAGAGGAAAACCCCUCAAUCAACCUCGUUCAGUGGAUCCAAUCAAAUCGGACCCCUCUAAUAAUAAUAAUCAAAACAAAAGGGGAAAGAAUUUUGGUGGUGGUAGGGGGAGAGACGGAAGAUCAUUUAGUAAUCAACCUUAUCUAACGGACAACCACGAAACCAAUCGUCCAUACAGAGGUGGGUAUAAUCGUGGUAACAGAUCCUUCAACCGGGGUGGUCGAGGGGACUUUACUAUGGGAAGAGGUCGUGGACGCACUGCAGUUAAUGGUGACCAUGACAACGAAAUUCAAAGAACUGGCUUUAGACCUGAAGACGAUGCUUAUUCAAGGCGUUUGAAGGAUCGUUUUGAGUAG